CAGUUCAAACUCCAAAUACCGCCGCUGACAUCCCCACUGUAAUAAAUUCUUCCUGUUCUUUUCGGGCAACAGAGACUGACAACAUCGCUGGCGGAGUCUCCAAAAUUCCGACGGAGUUUCCGAUGUCGAAGAAAUCCGUAUAAAUAUAGCAGAUCCGGUACGUAUACGCUGUCGUAUCCUGUCACCCAUCGCCGCCGUUGGAUUGUUUUAUAGGUCGGACUGAACUGACGGCCAGAUCUCCGCCACGGAAGCACGCUAGUGGUACGGAUGGCGUCCUUGGCACUUUCCUCCUCCCUCAACCUUCGCCUCCGCCCCAAUUCCGCCGCCCAAACCCUAAUCCUAACUGCAGCCCCUAGAUCCCUCCGUCUCGAUUCUAGGUCAACAUCUCCCAUCAGAAAUGAAAUCGGCAGCUCCGACCUUCCGAUUCGCGACAAUCGUGUUCAAUUUUGCAACCAGAAGCUCCAAAUUUUGUCCCGGCGCGGGAGAUCAACGGUCGCAUCUGCGUCUCCGUCGGUUCCGCCUCUUCCGAAGCAGGAGCCAUGGCAGGGCGCGGCGAUCAAGCCGCUUAUAGCAUCAAUCGCGACGGGGAUCAUCCUAUGGUUCGUACCCGCCCCAACCGGCGUCUCGCGGAUCGCGUGGCAACUUCUCUCGAUCUUUCUCGCCACCAUAGUCGGAAUCAUCACCCAGCCGUUGCCGCUAGGCGCCGUUGCUUUACUCGGCCUCGGAGCUUGCGUCCUGACCAAAACGCUGUCGUUUGCCGCCGCGUUCUCAGCGUUCGGCGAUCCGAUCCCGUGGCUAAUCGCGCUGGCCUUCUUCUUCGCGCGAGGGUUCAUUAAAACAGGAUUGGGCAACCGAAUCGCCUACCAAUUCGUUUCCCUAUUUGGAAGCUCCUCGUUAGGGUUAGGCUACAGUCUCGUCUUCAGCGAAGCCCUAUUAGCACCGGCAAUCCCCUCAGUUUCAGCUCGCGCCGGGGGUAUCUUCCUGCCAUUGGUGAAAUCUCUAUGCGUCGCUUGCGGCAGCAACGCAGGGGAUGGAACAGAGAACAAAUUAGGCUCAUGGUUAAUGUUGACAUGUUUUCAAACGUCUGUAAUUUCAUCUUCUAUGUUUCUGACUGCCAUGGCUGCAAAUCCUUUGGCUGCUAACUUAACCGCCAGCACGAUAAACAUGCCUAUCGGGUGGAUGGAUUGGGCCAAGGCCGCAAUCGUACCUGGUCUGGUGUCUUUAGUGGUGGUGCCAUUGUUGUUGUACGUAAUCUAUCCUCCUUCAGUGAAGAGUAGCCCUGAUGCACCUAAGCUUGCUCGGGAGAAGCUGGCGAGUAUGGGGCCCAUGACAAAGAACGAGAUGAUUAUGGCUGGAACUCUGCUUCUUACGGUUGGACUAUGGAUCUUUGGUAGCGUCCUGAAUGUUGAUGCCGUAACUGCUGCCAUUCUCGGCCUUUCUGUCCUUCUUGUAACGGGUGUUGUCACGUGGAAGGAAUGCCUAGCUGAAGCAGUUGCCUGGGACACACUUACAUGGUUCGCUGCUCUGAUUGCAAUGGCCGGGUAUCUGAACAAAUAUGGCCUCAUCUCUUGGUUUAGCCAAACAGUGGUCAAGUUUGUUGGUGGAUUGGGUCUAUCAUGGCAGCUAUCAUUCGGAAUUCUCGUCCUCCUAUACUUCUACUCUCAUUAUUUCUUUGCCAGCGGGGCAGCCCAUAUCGGGGCAAUGUUCACCGCAUUCCUAUCAGUUGCCAGCGCCUUGGGCACCCCACCCUACCUGGGCGCUGUCGUCCUCUCAUUCCUGUCCAACCUCAUGGGCGGUAUCACUCACUAUGGCAUCGGGUCAGCCCCCGUGUUCUAUGGUGCUGGCUAUGUCCCCCUUGCCCAAUGGUGGGGCUACGGGUUCUUGAUCUCCAUAGUCAAUCUCGCCAUAUGGCUUGGAAUCGGCGGCAUCUGGUGGAAGGCCAUCGGGUUGUGGUAGGGAACCGUGUUCUCGAUUCUAGAAGCUUCUAGAAGAAACAAGAUGGUGUUUGUUGGAAUUUGAGAAUUUAGUUAGUUUAAUGAUUGGGACAAAUACAAUGCUGAUAACACUCAAUCCAAGAUUUUGGGAGCUUGGCUAGGACAGGUAUAAAAUUUUGAGGUAUGUAUUACUUCUGUAGCUGUCAAAAAUUUUCCCUUUGUAAUAAUUGGGGAUUCUCUUGCAAUUUUUGCCUAUUGGAAAUAAAGGCUGCAAAGUUACUUCUUA